CACUCCAGUCAACUACGGAGUCCCACAGGGCUCAGUUCAACCAUAAACCUGUUUGUUUCAAGAACAUUCACUUCCAGAUGCGAAUGAGAGUCCACCAUGUUGGACGUUCUCCGUGUUCUCCACGUGACACAGAGAUGUUCCACCUCAGGUGUUUGGGUGCAGAUCUGCUGUCACAGAAGGUCUUAGUUUCUCUGAGGUCUGCAGGGGAUCCGGCGCCAUCUGACCGUGCUGCUGAUCCUUUUAUCUCCUCAGGCCACCCCCCCCAGCGCUCAGCUGCUCACGGCACAAGAGGAUUACCGGGAUUCCUGCAGGAGCAUCAGAGCAGCACCGGGGAGGAGCGGAGGAUGGACCUGCUCGGAGCCGCCGUCGCCUUCAGGCUGCUGCUGGUCAGCUGGCUCGCCACUGGGCCGGCGCUGGCCCGGGUCCGACACCCUCUGCCCGUUCUGUGGAUGAUGCCACUUGAUUCCGGGGCUGGGGGGGGCAAUCGGACUGCCGGCAUCGUCUCAGCUGUCCGACUGGCCCUGCAGGACUUGAAGAAACAACCAGCGCCGCUGGGAAGCUACCAGAUCCAACUGCAGCCGCUGGACUGUCCGUGUGACCCUGCUAAGGCAAUCAAAGCUCUUUUUGACGCUCUGUGGGCGGGGCCCAGAUAUCUCCUGGUGUUUGGAGGGGCGUGUCCACCUGUGAUGGGCCUCCUGGCCCGCUCUCUGCCAGCUCUCGCCCUGGUCCAGGUGUCCUUCACUGCCCCGCCCCCCAGCCUGUCCAACAGGAAGUGGUACGGGAACCUGUGGAGCACGGCGCCCUCAGAGCGAGCCGUGAACCAGGCCGCCGUAAAACUGCUGCUGCGCUUCAGGUGGAGGAGAGUCGGCGUGAUCACGCAGGAGCCAUUCUUUGAGAUGAAGAACGACAUGAUCCGGCAGCUGCAGAAGGUCGACAUCCAUGUGGCGGCUGCAGAAGGUUUCUCUGAGGACGCCUACGACAGCCUGAAGAGGCUGAAGGAUGAAGAUGUCCGCAUCAUCAUCGGAUACUUCAGUGAAGACUCUGCGUCAGAGGUUUUCUGCUGCGCACACAGGCUGAACCUGUUCGGCGCUCGGUACCAGUGGAUCGUGGCUGGUGGGGGAACGCCGAGAUGGACGCCGUCAGGCUGCGCAGCCAGCAGCCUGCAGUCGGCUGCAGACGGGUCCUUCAGGCUUCAGGUCGGAGGGGUCAGCCGCACCGACGCGCCAGGAGUCUCUGGACGGACUCCUCAGGACUACCAGGACUCUUACCUCAGACUGCUGAGCCAGGACGGGUCCGAGGCGGACCCCCUACACCUGUACGCCUACGACGCGGUGUGGGUCGCCGCCAAAGCUCUGAGUCAGGUGAUGGAGGCGUCGAGACGGCGGGAGAGGUACCAGAGGAACGCCACGCUCAGAGAGGAGGCGGUGGAGAUGCUGCUGGCUGCUGUGAAGAACACGCACUUCCACGGCGUCACUGGCCCGGUUCUGUUCCGGAACGGGGAGAGGAUGUCCACCAUCAGCCUGAUCCAGGUUCAAGGCGGCGGCGGCGGCGUGGCGGUGGGGGAGUUCAACACCAGCAACCAGCAGCUCCGCCUCCACAAGCAGCUGCUCAAGUUCUCAGCAGGUCCAGGACCAGCCAGAGACCAGCCGGUCCUCCUCCUGGAGCGGCGCCACGUCAGCCUGCCUCUGUACGUCGCUCUGUCUGCAGCUGCAGGUGCAGCCAUCUUCAUCACACUGACCGCCCUCCUCUUCAUCAUCAUCAACCACAGACGCUGGCGGAGCAUCUCCGGUGGCUCCUUCCAGGACCUGCUGCUCCUGCUGGGCCUCCUGCUCUCCUCCUCCUCGGUUCUCCUCUCUGGUCUGGACGGAGCCUCCCUGUCCGAGUGGACCUUCGAGACCCUCUGCUCCGCCCACCUGUGGACCCUCUCGGUGGGACACGCCAUGACCUCGGCGGCGCUCUUCGGCGGGAUCUGGAGGAUUUACUCCCAGAAGAAGGAACCGGACCGGAUCCACAUCUGGGUUUUCCUGCCAGAUGUGUUGGUUCUGACCUCCUGGCAGAUCCUGGACCCCCCCAGGAGGGUGGAGCCCCAGCAUCAUUUAGAGGGCCGGCCUGCAGAUCCGGACCUCCUCACUCAGCCGUUCUCCAAACACUGCGGCAGCAGCAACACGGAGCUGUGGCUCGCCGCCGCCUUCGGGUUCAAGGUCCCUCUGCUGGGUCUGGGAUGUUUCCUGGCCUGGAGCAUCAGGUCGGCAGGCGGGGCUACACCGCUGACCCUCAGCAUGUUCGCUCUGAGCGCGCUCAGUGCGUCCGGCGUGUCGGGGUCGCUGCUCACCUCCCACAAUCCUUCGCUCCAGUUCUGCCUGUACAGCUUCCUCGUCCUCGGGGGGUCCCUCCUCCUCCUGGGUGCUCUGCUGGGACCACAGAUCUGUGCGGCGGUUCGGGGCGACGUGAAGCCGCAGCCGCCCUCCGGGCUGCAGGAGGAGGCUUCAGAGGAGGAAGAUGAGCUGAGGAGGACCAACCAGCAGCUGCAGAGUCAGAGCGCUCAGCUGGACGUCCAGAUUGAAACCAUCGGCAUGCAGCUCUCAGAGAUGACGGAAGACGCGGGUGGAGAACAGACAGCGCCUGAAGCACCUUCUGCGGUGAAGAGCCAUGCGGUUCAGCUCUGUGCUCUCAGGGCCUCCAGCGUCAGCAGCAUCAACUCCCCUGAACAGGUGAGCCGCCGUCUGUCCGUCCAGCUGCCCAUCCUCCAUCACUCCUACCUGCCGCUCAUCGGCGGCGUCAGAUCCAGCAGCUCCAGUUUGUUCGGCUGCCAUGAAGCACCGGCCCGCCGCUACGACAACUUCCUGUGAGCCGCCGCGGCGUUCCUGCAGGAACCGGAGCAGAAGAACCUCCAGCAGAUUGAUUUCCCGAUGAAGCAAUAAAACUGACUUUAAACUGGC